CAGAGGACCAGGAGCAAGAAACAGCAGGAAUAUUAGCCUACUAGUGUUUUACUCUCCAAAGACCCAACUGAUACUCAGGAUGCACAGGUGUGUCGGUGGAGUUUGUGUGUCUCUUAUUGUGUGCGCGUUUCUUACGGAAGCACUCGGAAUGGUGAUUGCGGCCAAGGAGAAGAGAGGAUGGACCCUCAACAGCGCUGGGUAUCUCCUCGGUCCUCGUCGUAUUGAUCACCUUAUACAGAUUAAGGAUACUCCCAGUGCAAGGGGGAGAGAAGAUCUGCUUGGUCAAUAUGCCAUAGACAGCCACAGGAGCCUUAGCGACAAGCAUGGACUGGCAGGCAAGAGAGAAAUGCCCAUAGAGGAAGAUUUCAAGACAGCAGCUCUGAGGAUAGCAGAUGAGGAUAUGGUCCACACUAUUAUAGACUUUCUUUCAUAUCUCAAAUUAAAAGUGGCCUACCUGUGCAGCGGCAGGAUUCCGCGCGGUUGCUAUGAUCUUUUGGGGUCUGUUCGGCGAAUAGAGCAGCUGUCGGACAAUUUGCAGUCCGAGACCUCUGCUUGCCCCCGUGAUGAGCACCGAGUGACACUUUGA